AUGCUCGCGAAUGAAUAUCUUGCUCAGGCGGAGGGAAAGACUGGAAAAAUUAAACCGAGUGGGCCUGCUGCCUUAGCGGGGAUGGGUUGGAUCUUCCAAGUGCAGGACACGAAUUCGAAUGAACAAAUUCUGAAGACGAUCGAGCAAGGUUCGCAAACGGAGCGUUUUGUUGGAUCACCGUUGAUGGCCGAGGCUUUGGCAAUGCGGAUAACCCUCCUUAAAGCUAGAACAAAAGGAAUCCCUAAGAUGUGCAUUUACUCAAACUGUAAAGAGUUUGUCGAUGCAGUUGCCUCGUCCAAUGCAAACAAAGAGAUCUUUGGAAUUUUCCAAGACAUCAUCAACAUUAUCCCUCCUUUCUCUUGUUUAGAAUUUCGCUAUGUAUCACGAGAGAAAAAUAUGCUUGCGAACUCGCUUACUAAAAGUGCACUGAGAAGGGUGGAUAAUGUAACCUCUUAA